CCCGAACCGACUCUAGGGUUCAGGGGCGUCGACGCUGGCGAGUGUACAGUAAAGUCGGAGGAAGGCGGUGCAAACUUGAAACUUAUAUGGUUGCGAGCGUUAGCCACUAGCUCAUUAUUUCUUCGUCCUUCUCUGGGCGCAUUUUAGAGGGUCUUUAACGUUGGGUCUCUCCUCAGCGAUAUUUUUAUUACUUAUAUUCAUUGGUUUUCUUUUCUUCGAGAUGCAGUGGUAAGCAAAGGCUUGAAGGUCUUCUGAGUUUCUCUUCGAUAUCAAAACAUGGCGCAUCUGGGUGGUGGUGCCGAGGCACACGCUCGAUUCAAGCAGUAUGAAUAUAGGGCGAACUCGAGUCUAGUCCUCACCACGGACUCUCGACCACGGGACACUCAUGAACCCACUGGGGAGCCCGAAUCGUUAUGGGGCAAGAUUGACCCUAAAAGCUUCGGUGACAGAGCUUAUAGGGGCAGGCCGCCGGAACUAGACGAGAAGUUGGAGAAAGCGAAGAAAAAGAAGAAAGAACGCGACCCUCUUGCAGAACCUCCUCCCAAUUUGCAGAGCAAGAGACGCCGACUUCAAGAAGAAAGUGUCCUGACUUCCACAGAGGAAGGCGUUUACCAACCGAAAACGAAGGAAACUAGAGCUGCGUAUGAGGCUAUGCUUAGUGUCAUUCAACAACAGUUGGGUGGGCAGCCACUGAGUAUAGUUAGUGGUGCUGCUGAUGAAAUUUUGGGUGUACUGAAGAACGAGACCAUUAAAAACCCCGAUAAGAAGAAGGAGAUCGAGAAGCUGCUGAACCCUAUCCCCAACCCUAUAUUUGAUCAGCUUGUAUCCAUUGGUAGGCUCAUCACCGAUUAUCAAGAGGGAGGUGAUGCUCCCGGGUCUGCUACAGCUAAUGGUGACGAUGCCCUAGAUGAUGAUGUGGGUGUUGCGGUUGAGUUUGAGGAGAAUGAGGAAGAGGAGGAGGAGAGUGAUCUUGAUAUGGUGCAAGAGGAGGAAGAGGAUGAUGAUGAUGUUGUGGAACCAAAUGGGGCCGGGGCUAUGCAAAUGGGUGGCGGUAUAGACGAUGAUGAUAUGCAGGAAGCAAAUGAGGGGAUGAGUCUCAAUGUUCAGGACAUUGAUGCUUAUUGGCUUCAAAGAAAAAUAUCUCAAGCUUUUGAGCAGCAGAUUGAUCCGCAGCAAUGCCAGAAACUUGCAGAAGAGGUGCUUAAGAUACUGGCUGAAGGUGAUGAUAGGGAAGUGGAAACUAAGCUGUUAGUCCAUCUUCAGUUUGACAAAUUCAGCCUUGUCAAGUUCCUACUGCGCAACCGGCUGAAGAUUGUGUGGUGUACUCGUUUGGCGAGGGCAGAAGACCAAGAUGAGAGGAAGAAAAUUGAGGAGGAAAUGAUGGGAUUAGGUCCUGAGUUGGCCUCAAUAGUGGAGCAGUUGCAUGCUACAAGGGCGACUGCAAAGGAGAGGCAAAAGAACUUGGAAAAAAGUAUAAGAGAAGAAGCACGCCGAUUAAAGGAUGAGAUCACUGGAGAUGGGGACAUAGGGAGGAGGGGGCUUGCUGAUAGGGAUGCUGAGAGUGGCUGGUUAAAAGGUCAGCGCCAACUGCUUGACCUGGAUAGCCUUGCUUUUGAUCAAGGUGGUUUUUUUAUGGCAAAAAAGAAGUGUGACCUUCCAGACGGGUCUUAUAGGCAUCUCAGCAAGGGAUAUGAAGAAAUUCAUGUACCAGCAUUGAAGGCUAAGCCAAUUGACUCUAAUGAGAAAUUUAUUAAGAUAUCUGCCAUGCCUGAUUGGGCACAACCAGCAUUUAAAGGAAUGACCCAGUUGAACAGGGUGCAGAGUAAGGUUUAUGAGACUGCCCUCUUUAAUCCAGACAAUAUUCUUCUCUGCGCUCCAACAGGGGCUGGGAAGACUAAUGUUGCUGUUCUCACUAUACUUCAGCAGAUUGCACUGCACAGAAAUUCUGAUGGUUCAUUUAACCAUAAUGAUUAUAAAAUUGUCUAUGUCGCACCUAUGAAAGCCCUUGUUGCAGAAGUGGUUGGAAAUUUGUCUAAUCGUUUGCAGGAUUAUGAUGUCAAAGUUAGAGAGCUCAGUGGAGACCAGACAUUGACCCGCCAACAGAUAGAAGAAACCCAAAUUAUUGUCACAACCCCAGAGAAGUGGGAUAUAAUUACCCGAAAGUCUGGUGAUCGCACAUACACGCAACUUGUAAAACUUCUUAUCAUUGAUGAAAUUCAUCUUCUUCAUGAUAAUCGAGGACCUGUUCUUGAAAGUAUUGUUGCUAGAACUGUAAGGCAGAUUGAAACAACAAAGGAACAUAUUCGACUGGUGGGAUUGUCUGCUACUCUUCCCAACUAUGAAGAUGUGGCUUUGUUUUUACGUGUUGACCUCAAGAAAGGGUUGUUCUAUUUUGAUAACAGUUAUAGACCUGUCCCGCUUUCUCAACAAUACAUUGGAAUUACAGUAAAGAAGCCUCUUCAGAGAUUCCAGUUGAUGAAUGAUAUCUGUUAUGAGAAAGUAAUGGCUGUAGCCGGAAAGCAUCAGGUUCUCAUAUUUGUCCAUUCAAGGAAAGAAACUGCCAAGACAGCUCGUGCUAUCCGGGAUACUGCGCUUGCAAAUGAUACGCUUGGUAGGUUUCUUAAAGAAGAUAGUGCUAGCCGGGAGAUUCUCCAUACUCAUACUGAUCUUGUGAAGAGCAAUGAUCUUAAAGAUCUUCUUCCAUAUGGAUUUGCAAUUCAUCAUGCUGGUAUGACUAGGACUGACCGCCAGCUGGUUGAGGAUCUCUUUGCUGAUGGACACGUACAAGUUCUAGUUUCUACUGCAACUCUUGCGUGGGGUGUGAAUCUCCCUGCCCAUUCGGUGAUUAUUAAAGGGACACAGAUCUACAAUCCAGAAAAGGGCGCCUGGACUGAACUCAGUCCUCUUGAUGUGAUGCAGAUGCUGGGUCGUGCUGGGAGGCCCCAGUAUGACUCAUAUGGAGAGGGAAUAAUCAUCACUGGCCACAGUGAAUUGCAAUAUUAUCUAUCCCUCAUGAACCAGCAACUCCCUAUUGAAAGCCAGUUUGUGUCUAAGUUGGCUGAUCAGUUGAAUGCAGAAAUUGUUCUUGGCACUGUUCAAAAUGCUAGAGAAGCAUGUAAUUGGAUUGGAUACACUUAUUUGUAUGUACGUAUGAUCCGAAAUCCUUCACUCUAUGGUUUGGCUCCUGAUAUUCUCACAAGAGAUAUAACACUGGAGGAAAGGAGGGCUGAUCUGAUUCAUUCAGCUGCAACCAUCUUGGAUAAAAAUAAUUUGGUCAAGUAUGACAGGAAAAGUGGAUAUUUCCAGGUCACAGACUUGGGGCGCAUUGCAAGUUAUUAUUAUAUAACUCAUGGAACAAUAUCCACAUAUAAUGAGCAUUUGAAACCUACAAUGGGUGAUAUAGAGCUUUGCCGAUUGUUUUCGCUGAGUGAAGAAUUUAAAUAUGUAACUGUUAGGCAGGAUGAGAAGAUGGAACUGGCAAAACUGUUGGAUCGUGUUCCCAUUCCCAUCAAGGAAAGCCUGGAAGAGCCUAGUGCUAAGAUUAAUGUUUUGCUGCAAGCAUACAUUUCCCAGUUAAAGCUUGAAGGGCUCUCUCUGACAUCUGAUAUGGUUUUUAUAACUCAGAGUGCCGGCCGGCUUAUGAGAGCACUUUUUGAGAUUGUCUUGAAACGAGGUUGGGCACAGCUAGCUGAGAAGGCUUUAAACUUGUGCAAGAUGGUAAACAAGAGGAUGUGGAGUGUUCAAACACCUCUUCGUCAAUUUAAUGGAAUCCCCAAUGAUAUAUUGAUGAAGUUGGAGAAGAAAGAUUUAUCUUGGGAAAGGUAUUAUGACCUGUCAUCACAGGAAAUUGGUGAGCUCAUUCGAGCACCAAAGAUGGGAAGGACUCUUCAUAAAUUUAUCCAUCAGUUUCCAAAAUUGAAUCUUGCAGCACAUGUUCAGCCAAUUACACGCACAGUUUUGAGGGUUGAGCUCAUGAUAACUCCAGAUUUUAUGUGGGAGGACCGAAUUCAUGGAUAUGUUGAGCCAUUCUGGGUGAUUGUGGAGGAUAACGAUGGGGAAUAUAUUCUUCAUCAUGAGUAUUUUAUGCUAAAGAAACAGUAUAUUGAUGAGGACCACACACUCAAUUUCACAGUGCCAAUUUAUGAACCACUUCCACCUCAAUACUUUAUUCGUGUUGUCUCUGAUAGAUGGCUUGGUUCGCAAACCGUUUUGCCUGUUUCUUUCAGGCACCUCAUCUUGCCUGAAAAGUAUCCGCCACCAACUGAGUUAUUGGAUCUGCAGCCGCUGCCAGUUUCUGCCUUGCGAAAUUCAUCAUAUGAAGCUAUCUAUCAGGAUUUUAAGCAUUUUAAUCCUGUCCAGACACAAGUAUUCACAGUUCUGUAUAAUUCUGAUGACAAUGUCCUAGUUGCUGCUCCAACAGGGAGUGGAAAGACUAUAUGUGCUGAAUUUGCUAUUUUGAGAAAUCUUCAAAAGGGACCGGAUAGCGUCAUGCGUGUUGUUUAUAUUGCACCAAUUGAAGCUCUUGCAAAGGAGCGCUGUCGUGAUUGGGUGAGGAAAUUUAAAGAUGGUCUUAAUUUGCGGGUGGUUGAGUUGACAGGAGAAACAGCAACUGACUUGAAACUUCUUGAGAAAGGUCAUAUUAUCAUCAGUACCCCAGAGAAAUGGGAUGCUUUGUCCCGCCGCUGGAAACAACGGAAACAUAUUCAGCAAGUUAGUCUCUUCAUAAUCGAUGAGCUCCACUUAAUUGGGGGUCAGGGAGGUCCUAUUUUGGAGGUGAUUGUCUCCAGGAUGAGAUAUAUUGCCAGUCAAGUUGAAAACAAGAUCCGUAUUGUUGCUUUGUCUACGUCUCUUGCAAAUGCAAAGGAUCUGGGAGAAUGGAUUGGAGCUACAUCUCAUGGUCUUUUUAAUUUCCCCCCUGGUGUUCGUCCUGUGCCUUUGGAAAUACAUAUUCAGGGGAUAGAUAUUGCUAAUUUUGAGGCAAGGAUGCAGGCAAUGACCAAACCGACUUAUACUGCAAUUGUUCAACAUGCCAAGAAUGGGAAACCUGCUCUUGUUUUUGUACCUACAAGGAAGCAUGUGCGUCUUACAGCUGUGGAUCUGAUGACAUACUCUAAUGCAGACAGUGGAGAGAAGCCCUUCUUAUUGCGGGCUCCAGUGGAGCUUGAACCUUUCCUUGAUGGGAUUAAAGAUGAGAUGUUGAAAGUCACUUUACGGCAAGGAGUGGGAUACUUGCAUGAGGGCUUAAGCAACAUUGAUCGUGAAGUUGUAACGCAGCUAUUUGAAGCUGGGUGGAUUCAGGUCUGUGUUUUGAGCAGCUCAUUGUGUUGGGGAGUGACAUUAUCAGCCCAUUUGGUAGUCGUGAUGGGUACACAAUUCUAUGAUGGACGGGAAAAUGCACAGUCAGAUUACCCUGUCACUGAUCUUCUGCAAAUGAUGGGUCAUGCCAGUAGGCCUCUGAUUGACAACUCAGGAAAAUGUGUCAUACUGUGUCAUGCACCUCGAAAGGAGUACUACAAGAAGUUCUUGUAUGAAGCAUUCCCUGUUGAAAGCCAUCUGCAUCACUUCUUGCAUGAUAACUUGAAUGCUGAAAUAGUUGCUGGAAUUAUUGAGAACAAGCAAGAUGCUGUUGAUUAUCUUACAUGGACUUUUAUGUACAGGAGGCUGACGCAAAAUCCCAACUAUUACAAUCUACAAGGAGUUAGUCACAGGCAUCUUUCUGAUCACCUCUCAGAGCUUGUGGAAAAUACAUUGAGUGACUUAGAAGCGAGCAAAUGUGUUGCAAUUGAGGAUGACAUGGACCUUUCUCCCCUCAAUCUUGGGAUGAUAGCAUCAUAUUAUUACAUCAGUUACACAACUAUUGAACGGUUUUCUUCUUCUCUGACAUCUAAAACGAGGAUGAAAGGCCUGUUGGAGGUUUUAUCCUCUGCCUCAGAGUAUGCUCAGAUUCCAAUACGACCUGGGGAGGAAGAGGUGGUUCGUAGGUUGAUUAAUCACCAGAGGUUUUCUUUUGACAACCCUAAAGUUACCGACCCCCACAUCAAAGCCAAUGCUUUGCUUCAGGCCCACUUCUCCAGGCAGCCUAUAGGUGGGAACCUUGCAUUGGACCAGCGUGAAGUGCUUCUUUCUGCAAAUAGGCUGCUCCAAGCAAUGGUUGAUGUGAUCUCAAGCAAUGGAUGGCUGAGCCUGGCUCUUCUUACUAUGGAAGUUAGUCAAAUGGUGACACAGGGACUGUGGAAUACUGAUUCCAUGCUUCUACAGCUUCCUCACUUCACAAAGGAGCUUGCUAAGAGAUGCCUGGAGCACCCUAAGAAAAUUGAAUCGGUGUUUGAUUUAGUGGAGAUGGAGGAUGACGAGAGGUGUGAACUAUUGCAGAUGUCUGAAUCGCAGCUGUCAGAUAUUGCACAGUUUUGCAAUCGUUUCCCUAACAUCGAUAUGUCAUACGAGGUACUGGAAAGUGACUCUGUGCGGGCUGGGGAGGAUGUAACAGUCCUAGUGACUCUUGAACGUGAUCUUGAGGGGAGGACUGAAGUAGGACCUGUUGAUGCUCCCAGGUAUCCCAAAGCGAAGGAGGAGGGAUGGUGGCUUGUUGUUGGUGAUACUAAGAAUAACUUGUUGCUUGCUAUUAAAAGGGUUUCCCUUCAACGGAAGUUGAAAGCAAAACUGGAUUUUGCUGCUCCCUCUGAAGCUGGAAAGAAAUCCUACACUAUUUACUUGAUGUGUGACUCUUACAUGGGCUGUGAUCAGGAAUAUAACUUCACCGUUGAUGUCAAGGAAGCUGCUGAUGAAGGUUAGUGACAGAGAGGGUGCUAUUCUUGUAGUAGUUCUCUGUUUUUUGGCCUGACUUGUGGUUCAGUAGUUGGUCUACUUCAGAAUUUUCUUGGUAAAUCUACCGCGUACAAUUGGCGGUUCUUUCUUUUGACUUGCGUGAGAACUUAUCAUGCUAAUAUUUGUAGAUGCCACUUAAAAUACACAUCUGGAUGACUGGUAGUUAUAUAUUUGCGCAUUUGCUUCCCAUUGACUUUUAGUCGUUUAUUUAUGUUCUCUCUGUAAGUUCGAUUUAUUUUGCAAGAAAGUUCAAUAAAUUGCUA